GCUCGUUCUCACUAAUCGUAGAGUAUAAAAUCCGUGAGUUUUUUGGUUUUAUUAACAGAAUUAAAGGACUACUUUUAUUUUAUUUCUUAAAAUAUGGUAACGUCUCAUAAUCUUUUCGAGGGAAAACCCAGUGAUGGGCAACCUUAUGAGGUCGGUAGUAAACAAAUUUCAAACCAGUUAACUGAUUCGAUGAGUAAUAGCGAAGAGGACAUGGAUCUUUUUGAGUUGCCAGACAUAAACGACCUAGACAACUCUCAAAUUGUCAAAGUAAGUGAAUUGCAAAAACCUUUAGAAGAACCACUUGACGCAAUCCUAACUGAGCUAGAUCAAGAUUCAUCGUCGCUCUUAAGUAACUACUCCUCUUCUUCAAACUCUUCCUCCCCCCUUCACAUUUCGGAUUUUAAAAAUGAUUUAAGUCCUCGUAAAUAUGAGAUGUCCAGGCCAAGGGAUUUGGGAUUAAAAAGAAAUACCUUAUAUGAGAGCGAGAGCUCGAUUUCUCCAGGAUUGUGUGGUCUUAAGAAUCUUGGUAAUACCUGCUUUAUGAGUUCUGGACUACAGUGCCUUAGCAACAUACCCUUUUUAACUUACUAUUUUACUUCCAACAGAUUUCUUCAAAACAUCAACAAAGUUAAUCCCUUGGGAAUGAAAGGCAAAAUUGCAGAGCAGUAUGGCGCUCUUAUCCGUAAUAUGUGGAAAGGUCUUUACUCUUGCAUAGCUCCCUAUGAAUUUAAAGAAACGAUCUCAGAGUUUGCACCUCAAUUUGCUGGUUUUAAUCAACAUGAUUCGCAAGAAUUUAUCGCUUUUUUGCUUGAUGCUUUGCACGAGGAUUUAAAUCUUGUAAUUAAGAAACCUUAUGUCGAAACCGUGAAUUCCAGUGAGUACUCUGAUGACCAUACAGCCGCUGCAGAAGCUUGGCGUCGUCAUUUACAGCGCAAUCGGUCAGUUGUGGUGGAUCUCUUUCAAGCCCAACUUAAAAGCACGGUAAUCUGCAAGGAGUGUGACAAAGUUUUUGUCACGUUUGACCCUUAUAUGUAUGUGUCUCUGCCCGUCCCCUACAAUGCCUCUACUUUCCUUCGCUUCGUCUUUGUGCCUAUGUGCACCAGCCGACCGCCGUUGGCCUUCGGCGUACAAGUGGAGCGGCAUGCAACAGUAGCUGAGCUGAAGACGGUAGCUAGCGAUCUCACUGGUGUGCGAAGCGAGUGGUUGUGCUUUGCCGAGAUCUACAACCACCUCUUUUUUUCGAAGCUUCGGAAACACUUCAGCCUCUCCAUCUACGCCAACAGUGAGGCUAUUUUUGUCUAUGAAACGGCUCACGUGGAAAAGACGGUCUCUCCCUCUGGGGACGGUUUGAUCUGCGAGGUUUGCAAGCACGAUUUUUACCCGGCUGCUGGCUUUACCCAUGAGAAUUGCCUACUCUUUGUCUGUCGCAAGUGUCUUCGGUCUUAUGUCAGGGAGUUUUGUGAGGUCGACUGUAAAGCGCCGCCCUCUUCUGUCGGCUGUCCGCUGUGCCGGCAGCCCAUUCUUUUUCAGAGCAUUCUUCCUGUUAUUGAGGGCGGUGGGCUGCCACCUGCCAUACAAGGGGGGCCUCAGUUCCCUGCAAUUGCAAAAGUAUUUGUAGAGCAGCGAGUAGCUGAUGCUAAGAGAUUGACCAGUACACCCGUUGAUCUUCCUCUCCUGAUCUCGUGGGACAGUGGGCACCCUAUUACGUUCUUGCAGCUCAGAGGCCUAAUUUUGUCUGUAGUUGAAGACAGACUCAUUAAAUCCGACAAACUCGCCGAGUUUCGGGUCGCUGCGGGGAGUUUUUCCCUUCGCUUCCGAAAUCGUGACAGCUGUCCGCGUUGCUGCCGCUUCCUCGCAGAAUGCCAGGGGUGUCCGCUUCCUACCGAAGAGAGUCUCUAUAGCGCUCCGGCCAUUGCUUGUGUUUCAUUCGAGUGGCCCAGUGAAGAAAAGAGGGAAUUCUAUUCGAUAACCCUUAAAUCUGCAAUUCUUCCACACGAGUCUCAUAGUAGUGAGCCCCCCAAGUGCUUGACGAUAUUUGACACCCUCGAGCGUUUUACCAUUAAGGAAGUCCUAAGCGAAGCUGAUAAAUUUUACUGUACCAACUGUAAAGAUCUUAAGCAGAUUAGCAAGCAGGUGCAAUUUUGGUCGACCCCCAAAGUCCUCGUUUUCUUAUUAAAGCGAUUUCGUUUUAAUGAGAGAUUUAGAACCAAAAUUGAGAUACCAGUCAGCUAUCCGCUUUACAAUCUGAACAUCGAGAAGUUUAUGGCCCCUAGAAGCACUUCGACUGAUAACGACGGGGAGGCCGUGAAUUGGGACCCGUCCCUGUCAGUAGAGUUCGACCUCUUUGGAGUGUCUAACCACCAUGGCAGUCUUUAUAGUGGACAUUACACCUCCUACGCCAAGAACUUCUGCACCGGCAAGUGGUACUACUUCAACGACUCGAACGUUUGCGAAGUAAGCGAAGAGACCGUCUUGAAUAACGCUGAUGCCUAUGUUUUGUUCUACUGCAAGAAGUCUCACGUCAGGGAGCUCGAGGCCGCUCGCCUGAACCUUCGGACCCAACAGGACGACCUGUUUAUUUACGGAAGUAAAGAGGCGGACGAGGUCUGUUGAUGCCAUUCUUAUUUUUUUUUAGCGGGCCGCCCCGUGGUGCGCUCUAGGAUUUCUGUAUGCUGUCAGCGUUUAGUUAGCGACCAGGAGCUUAA